AUGGCAUCUACUGCAGUAUCAACAACAACAGCAGCCACCACCACCACCACAGCCACCGCGAGCACAACUACUUUUGCUCUCUCAACAGUAUUUACCGCGCCAUUGUCGUGCUCGUCCAGCUGGACAUAUGAAGCGUCCACAUACAAUAACAUCACGAGCGGCAUCCUAAUGCAAAAUGUGCUGUUAGGUUAUCGAGAUACACGUUGCUUUCCAACCGGAUUUAAUCAAGCCGGUCGCAUCGCAGCGAACGUGGUAUUCAGCCCCGGAGCUUGUCCGCAUGGAUAUGUAACGCAGUCUCCCAUCUUGGUCGUCUCCUCUACCACUACGGCAACUUGUUGUCCGGAGGACUUGCCGAACUAUGAGAGUAACGGAUACCAAGGCUGUCUGGGGACUUAUACCGGCGCUACUAGUGUCGCAGCAAGAGCUGGAGGAUUUGGAUCCGCCGACUACACCACAAGCACAAGUAUUUCAGGAACUUAUCAAAUGUGGGGACAGCCUAUCACCGUUGAGUUUGAGGCCAGUGAUAUGAGUUUAUACAAGACAGCUACCAUGACGUCGACAUCUUCAACCAGUAGCCCGUCGUCGACACCACCAACCAGCUCGCCCUCGUCCACGUCCAGCAAGCUAUCUAGUGGCUCCAAGGCAGGCAUUGCUGUUGGUGCAACCGUCGGCGGACUAGUUGUGCUUGGCCUCCUCAUUUUCUGGCUAUUGAUGAUGCGGAGAAAGCAUAAACAGCCAGGGCGUGCAAUCUCUCGAAAAGGCCUGCAGAGCCAAGAGGCAGAGCUGGAGGCCAAAGAGGCGCACUUGGAAUUGGACGCCAUGGUAUACGAGUUACCGGAUAGUCAAAUUGGAAUUUGA